CUAGCAUGUUUUCCACUGCAGAGGAGCACAGAGAGCUGUGAACAGUCAGUACAGAGGACUUUGGAGCUGUCAGAAAUUUAAAUCAUGGCGAUUAACGGAAGCAUUAGCUGCCGCUUGUUUUAUAGACUCAAUAGUUUUACACAUUUGAAACCUAUACAAUGCCUAAAUGCGCUCUAUCAGCGACUGUAUUCUGGUGCGACGCAAAAGGAAAAUGAAUUUCAACUUAGAGACUCGACUUUAUCAGCUACCAACUUUUCUGCAUCGAGACAGGAGACGCUAGGAGACAGCAGCAUACUUCCCUUUUCAGCGUUUUUGACGGACAACUUUGGCCGGCAGCACAGCUACCUGAGAAUCUCCCUGACUGAGAAAUGCAACCUGCGCUGUCAGUACUGCAUGCCGGAGGAGGGGGUGAAGCUGACGCCCCGGGCCCAGCUGCUGUCCACCUCAGAGGUGCUGACUCUGGCUCGCCUCUUCGUCCAGGAGGGGGUGGAGAAAAUCCGCCUGACUGGAGGAGAGCCUCUCAUCAGACCUGAUGUGCUGGAAAUCAUCGCAGAACUGAGGAAGCUGGAGGGCCUGAGAACCAUCGCAGUGACCACCAACGGCAUGAACUUGGCCAAGCUUCUGCCUAAGCUUAAAGACGCCGGACUUGACCUGAUUAACAUCAGCCUGGAUUCGCUGGUCCCGGCUAAAUUUGAGUUUAUUGUAAGGCGGAAAGGGUUCCACAAGGUCAUGGAGGGUAUUGACAAGGCCAUCGAAAUGGGCUACAACCCUGUCAAGGUGAACUGUGUGGUCAUGCGAGGCCUGAACGAGGAUGAGCUGCUGGAUUUCGUGGCUCUGACGGAGAAGAAGCCUCUGGAGGUGCGCUUCAUUGAAUACAUGCCUUAUGCAGGCAACAAGUGGAACUUUAAGAAGAUGGUUAGUUACCAGGAGAUGCUGGAUCGUAUCAGGCAGCAGUGGCCCGACCUAGAAAUGCUUCAAACUGGACAAACAGACACAGCCAAGACAUUUAAAGUGCCAGGCUUCAAAGGUCAGGUUGGAUUCAUCACCUCAAUGUCGGAGCAUUUCUGUGGCUCCUGCAACCGCUUACGCAUCACAGCAGACGGCAGCCUCAAGGUGUGUUUGUUUGGGAACUCUGAGGUGUCCUUGAGAGAUUUCUUGCGCUCAGGAUCAUCAGAGGAAGAGCUUCUGCAGAUCAUCGGAGCAGCAGUGGGCAGGAAGAAGAAACAACAUGCAGGAAUGUUCAAUAUCUCCAAGAUGAAGAACCGGCCUAUGAUCCUCAUUGGUACCAGAUUCCAACCGCCUAUGUCACAAGACAGCCAGAGAGAUUUCCCCAUUGUUUCCCAGCUUCCAAACAACACAGUCCUCUCUGCAGACACAGCUCCUCAUAUGUGCGCUUCAGGCAGCAGGAGAGUCCAAAUGAGAGAAAUGGAUUUAUUGUGCCUUCCACACUGCACUCGUUCAAUACAAGGAGACUGUUUUUGCUCCUCUAGGACCCAAAUGAGUGGGGGAAUUCAUGCCUGGUCAGAAAUGAACAAAGAAACACCCAAUGUGACAGAAAACAUCCAAAGUGAAACACUUCUUCCCUCCUCUGAGAUUGUUGAUAGUCUCAAUUUCAGCAGGACUUCAAAUUCAACCUCCCGCACAAAUAUCAGGAGAAGCAUUAAUGAAGGCUGUCUCAGGUACGCAAUAGCCAGGAGUCCUAACGUUCUGAAGAAGAACGUACUCAGGACUCUAGGAACGCCUGUUUUUUGCACACUAAUGAAUGCCAAAAUGAAUGUAAAGCACUACAAUGUUAGACUGUGCCAUAAUAAAAGCUCAAGUGAAGACCAUAGUCUUAAACUCCAACGGUGUGUCAGUGAUCAGAGUAGGUCAAGCACAAGCGUCUCCAACACCCACCAGAAUGAAACCACUGAAGCCCAGCUGACGCACACAGACGCCCAGGGCCGUGCCUCCAUGGUCGAUGUAGGGGGGAAAAAUCCCACACGGCGAGCGGCCACAGCCAGUGCCACCGUCAUCCUGGGCCCCAUCGCAUUCCAGCUGCUGAGGGACAACCAGCUGGCCAAGGGUGAUGCCCUGGCCGUGGCACAGUUGUCUGGCAUCAUGGCUUCCAAGCAGACCUCGGUCCUCAUCCCACUCUGCCACCCGCUCCCCUUGGACCACGUGUCCGUCACCUUUCACCUGGAUGAGCUGCAGGACGCUGCGGUCAUCACAGCAACGUGUCGCACUACGGGAAAGACAGGGGUCGAGAUGGAGGCCUUGACAGCAGUUUCUGUUGCAGCAUUGACCGUCUACGACAUGUGCAAGGCCGUGAGCCAUGACAUCGUCAUCACAGAUGUCAAACUGGUCAGUAAGUCAGGCGGGAAGAGGGACUUUCAUCGUCAACAAUAAAUCAUCAUGAAGAAAACUGAGAAUCAAUGAUUUGUAAUCGGCAUGAAGAAGUGCACCUUUUUCACUUGAUUUGAUGUAUGUUCUACAAGCUGAAGGUAGUGAUCAGAAAGAAGAAAAUAUAUAAAGUUAUAGAAAAAAUGAAGAGACCACUGCAAAUAGUUCUUAAUUCAGCAUCUCUAUGCAUAGAAGGCAUCCUUUUGUAGUGUCUGAUAAAAUUCAAAGGAGGCACACCUCAUUAUACUAAUUGAGGAUUUGGUGAUCACCUCACAAACCAUUCAAUAAAGCUGAGCUGCUUGAAUUUUUGCGUCAAGAGUGGUAUAAUGUCCCCCAACAGCAAUGUGAAAGACUGUGUGGAGAGCAUGCCAUGACACAUGAAAGCUCUGGUGGGACGCUGGUUUAACUCAGUUGGUAGAGCAUGAGUCCCACAUACUGAGGCCUCGAUGCUUGUUUGACACCUGACCAUGACCAUUUGGUGCACGUCAUUUCAUUCUCUGUCUCUUCUCAACUUUCCCUGUCCAAUAAAGACAAAAAGACUGAAAAAUAAUCUUGAAAAGAAAAAACAAAUCAGCAAUGGGUUGCACCAGCUUUGCAUAAAUCCAAGCAUAGGUUAGUUCCCACUGGAGAUUACAUCCCUCAUAAAUGAUCAUGAAGCGUUUUAAAGCCUUGUGCUGUAGUUGAUGAUUUGACCACUAGAUGUCACCGUUGUUUCUUUACACCAGCUGUACAUUAAGAAUGUAGUUUUUAGUUAUAACCUGAUCAUCCUGCCUUGUCAUAUUUUGCAGAACUUUUUUGUUGCUCUUUGUCCAUUAACAGAAGUUACUCUCAGCUGUUUGUCUGUUUUAAAGACAACAAGGCUUGAGAGACAAACACACUGCAUUAAGAUAAAAGCUUUCCACUGACUGCUCACAUGAAGUUAAAACUUCAUCUCUGAAACAAUAUUUUGGUUAGUUUAGAUGUGACGAUAUAUAAUCGUUACAAUGAACCUUACAUCCCUGUGGGGUAGACAAACACUGACAUGACUGAAGCUGCAAAUCAACAAGUUUCUGAAAUGACUAUUUUUCUUACAUGUUGAAUUCUUUGAUAAACCUCAAUGAACUAUGAAGAAUAUUAAAUUAAGAAUGAAGUCUAGGUACUUGACCUGUUAAAGCUGGCAGAAACAGAUGAAUGGGAACAGAGGAGUGUGUGUGUGUCUCUAAAUGACCUCUUCUCACCUGCUUCGUGUUGCUGUAAAUAACUUCACUACAUGUCUGAGCAUUUGACAUUUGGGGUUGACUCAACUGUAAGAAAUAUAACAGUAACUACUUUCAGCAUUCCCCUCCAAAGCUAGUAUAAAGUGAAAUGUUUAGAACGGGGAAGGCUAUACUUUACUUUGACCUCUUCAGUGCAAACUGGAAACAUGACAGUGAGGUGACCGUUCUAUACCCAUUACUUUUUACAUAGUUGAAGAUUAUUUUUCUGUGGCCCUACUCCUCUUCCGUACAAAUAACACAUAAACCUGUUCCCUGUCAAAGUUUUGUGAUGGUUAAUUUGCUGUUUGUGCUCGGAGAUAUUAAUAAAGUAAUUUCAUAAUUAUCA